ACUCUCUUUCACACUCACUCACUCACUCACUCACUCUCUUUUGUUACUCACUCAUCUUUUUGCCUUUUCCUUAGCUUCGAAGUAGCUUAACCUUUAGCUUCUUCACACAUUCUCUGUCUCUGUGCUAGGGUUUCGUCCAUCCUUCACAUUCCACCCCUUCCGCUGCGCCAUUGCUGCUGCAUCUUCACUUCUUCUCUGCAGAUGCGCUAAUCGUAUCAGAAUCCGAAUCUCCUCUUCCCCUUAUCUGUGUUUGAUAGAGAGAGAGAGAGUCUCGUCGCAAUGUCUUCCUCGAGGGGAGGCGCGGGACCGUCUUCGGAGGCGCCGCCGCCCAGGCGGAUCAUGCGGACACAGACUGCGGGGAAUUUGGGAGAGUCUGUCAUUGACAGUGAGGUCGUGCCUUCGUCUCUCGUCGAGAUUGCGCCCAUUCUUCGUGUCGCUAACGAAGUCGAAAAGACUCAUCCCAGGGUUGCUUAUCUCUGCCGUUUUUACGCCUUUGAGAAAGCGCAUAGGUUGGAUCCCAAUUCAAGUGGUCGUGGUGUUCGCCAAUUCAAAACCGCUCUUCUUCAACGUCUUGAAAGAGAAAAUGAUCCAACUCUGAAGGGAAGGGUAAAGAAAAGUGAUGCUCGUGAGAUGCAGAGUUUUUAUCAGCAUUACUACAAAAAGUACAUCCAAGCUUUACAAAAUGCUGCUGAUAAAGCUGACCGGGCACAACUUACCAAGGCAUAUCAAACAGCUAAUGUUCUUUUUGAGGUUUUGAAGGCUGUUAACAUGACACAAUCUAUGGAAGUUGAUCGUGAGAUUUUGGAGACCCAAGAUAAAGUUGCUGAGAAAACAGAGAUCUUAGUCCCUUACAAAAUUCUUCCUCUUGAUCCUGAUAGUGCUAACCAGGCGAUAAUGAGAUUCCCCGAGGCAUGAUAUUUAGUUCCACCC